AUGGCUGACAACGGGAACCCCCAACCCACACAGGCAGAGCUCUUAGCUCAGAUCGCCGAGCUCCAGGCGGAGGUACGGAAGAUAGCUGAGCUCUCUGCACAGAACAACGGAAAGCACGAAGGAGAAAGCUCUAAAAGCUCGACGCAGGGCAAUGCAGAUCCCCUGAAUAUCACUCCACCAAAGGAGAAGCUCACCCUCGAAAACCCCUUUUCCGACGAGAUCACUAAGUUCCAGAUGCCGAAGAACUUUGUAUUACCUACAGCACUGGAACCGUACAAGGGGUUCGGUGACCCCCGAGCUCAUAUCAAAAAGUUCCAAUCCAUGAUGUUUUUUAAUGGCGCUAACAAUGAGCCUGUACUUUGCCGGGCUUUUCCUACUUAUCUUGAUGGUGCUGCACUACUGUGGUUUUCUAAAUUGUCUGCAGGUUCGAUCUCCUCCUUUGAGGAACUGGCGAGAUCCUUUAUUGAUUACUUUGCUGCAUCCAGAAUUUAUGUCCAUGGAUCAAACUACCUAGGCACAAUCAAGCAGGGCCAACAUGAGAGUUUAAAGAAUUACAUGACCAGGUUUUCCGAGGCUACCAUGGAGAUCCAAGACUUGGAUCCGGCUGUCCACCUUCAUGCUCUCAAGGCUGGCCUCCGACCAGGCAAAUUCCGAGAAACCAUUGCGAUAACAAAACCAAGAACACUAGAGGAGUUCCGAGAGAGGGCUGUGGGUCAAAUGGAGAUUGAAGAGCUCCGCGAGGCCCAAAAACCGGAUAGACAACCACAAAAGAGGGAUGAGGAAAAAAUAUUCCGAUCACCAGGCAACAAGGAUACAAAGAAGCCUUUCAAGCUCACACCAAAAUACAACAGGUAUACCAGAUUCAAUACCAAGAGAGAGAACAUCAUAAAAGAAAUUCUGAAUGCCAAAAUCGUGAAGCCACCAGCUCGGACAGGAAACUACCAAGACCAAAGGUUUGUGGAUAGGAGCAAGCAUUGCGCCUUCCACCAGAAGUUCGGCCACACAACGGACGACUGCAUUGUCGCGAAAGACCUUCUAGAAAGGCUGGCGCGACAAGGACUUCUUGACAAAUACGUCGAGAGCCAGAAAGCCAGAAGAGCAAGCUCGGACAGGGAAGGAAACAAACAAACAGCGACAGAUAAGAACAAAAAAGAGCAAACAAUCCCUGAUCCACCAAGAGGCAUCAUCAGCCACAUAUCAGGAGGAUAUGCAGGCGGAUGUGAAACAAGCUCGGCCAAAAAACGAAGUUAUAGGGCGAUGUUGGCGAUCGAAGGAACCCUGCAGCCAAAGAAGGAGGAAGACCCAGAUGUCACUAUAUCCUUCAAUCAAUCAGACUUCAGAUCGGCAAGCCCUAACCUUGACGACCCAGUGGUGAUUUCCAUCCAGGUCAGAGAGCUGUUGGUAAGAAAAACACUGCUAGACCCAGGUAGUAGCGCUGAUGUCUUAUUUUAUUCUACCUUUAAAAAGAUGCAAUUGUCAGAAAAAAUGAUACAGCCCUCCUCGGAGAAAGAGUCCCCAUCAUAG